AUGUCUACUCACUAAGAUUUAAGAGCACUUAAUAUCAAGUAAAAUAUAUUUGAGCAUUUUAUAUUACCUUAAAAAUUUAAUCCUUAAAUUUUAAAUUAAAUGAAUACUCCAUAUAUAACGUUUGAAUAAUUUAAGGACCUUACAUGCAAAUAAUUAUCAUCAAUAAUUGAUGGUGAAAUAAUUUACACUUUCUUUUAAUUAGCCUUAGAAAACCAACCAAUAAUAGAACGUAAACCUGUGGAUGUAAAACAAUUAAGCUUAUUUUUACAAUUACAAAAUUUUAAUUAUGCAGGAAGACAUUCAAUUUUUGAAAAUAUCAAUAUAAAUGAUGUGAAAUAUUAGGAAAGAUAAAAAUAAACAAUGAAUUCUUAUUCACCACUUAAUUCUCCAAGAGCUAAAACAAUGAGAGUAUAAUCAAAGUAAAAUGAUACUUAACAAUCAGUUCAAUUUGUAAAAUAAAAUAUCAAAGAUUGGAUUAAUUUAAUAUCAUCUAAUGUAGAUACUAUUACAAGUUAAGAAUUCAAUUUGUUGAGUUUGAUAUUUGCUAGUGAAUAACAAAAUUUAAGUUAAUUGAUUUUUGAUGGCACAUAGAAAUUAAGUAAAGAAAUAGUUUCUGAUUGGGUUUAAAAAACAUUUAAUGUCCUGAAUUUUGUAUUAAUUUCAUUUAUAAUUAUAGCUUCUGUAAUAUUUGGAUUUACAAAAUCUGUCACUAUUAAAAGUAAUGUAGGAUAAGAUCUCAAAAUUACAUAGUCUGAAGAUUCAUAAAUAUAUAUUGAUUGUGCUGUAAAUACUCUAUCAAUUAGCUAAUGCACUAAUUGUUAAAUAAAUGUUGCUUCUGUUCAUAUGAUUACUAGCAUUACUUCUUGUGAAAAGACUAUUAUUUGUGUCUCAUCUAAUUAUAUUAAAAAUAGCAACACAAUAGAUUCAAUAAUACAUUAUUAUGGAUCAUAUCCACCCAUUAUUUAUGGAGAUUGUAGAUCUAUUAUUUUAGCAUCAAAUAAUUCAAAUACAGAAAAAACUCUUUAAAAUUUAAAAGAUGCAUAGAUUCCUUUUAAUAAGAGUUGUAGAGAUAAAUAUUAAAAACCAUUCAUAAUUGGAUAAAAUAGAAUUGAUUGGGUUAUUUAAUCUAUUGAUGAAUUCACUAAGUUUAUUUUACCUGAACAACAUUUUGGUUCAAUAGAUGCAUCUUUAAUUAUAAAUUCUAAUUUUGAUAUAGAAAAAAUGGCUAAGGAAAUAACAGAAAAGAAAAUUUUAACAUAACCCAUGAAUUAUGAAAAGUAUAAUAAAUAUUUUUAAUUAAGAGAAUCAUUCUACCUUUAUUAGCACCCCCAGAAUAUAUUAAAGCUAUUUUUGAAAGAUAUCAAUUAUAUGCAGGAAUUCAAGCUCAAAUUAAAUAAGCCAAUUUGAAGGAUGAAAAUUCAAAACUACUGUAAAAUGCCAUACAAGGGAAUUUUAGAGAAUGGCUGAUAUCAACAGGUUCUAUUAAAUAAAUAAGUGAUCUUGUUAAAUUAAUAGAUUCAGAUUAAUGA